CUAAAUAUGAGGCAGCGCCCAGGGUUCUCUCUCUCAACCGUGGGACUUUCUUGCUUCACAAAUUCGAACCUCCCGUUCCCUCUCAUUCCCAUCAACGAUCACUGGCAGCCAAUCCCAACCGCUCCACCGUUCAAUUCCUGGUUUUCGAUUUCCACUCCGACUUGUCUUCCUCUGAUGAACUUGAACUUCACCUCAUUCUGUCAUUACAGUGAUGGACCUUGAAGGCAGAAAGUUUGGAAGGGGGCCUAGGGAACUUGGUGGUGCUGUUGAUCUCAUAAAUCAGUUCAAGCUUUGGCCUCAUCAUGAAUUCUUUUGCAAGAAGUCACUUCCUUUGUCAAUAUCGCAGACUCACUAUCUAAACAAUGUGGUGGGAGACACGGAAAUCAGGAAAGGAGAGGGGAUGGAACUGGAUCAGCUCUUUCUGAAUAUUCCAUAUAGUAGACAGAGAAAUACACAUAUACAUGCUUUUGAUUUGGAUGUGCUCAGCGAGGCCUUUCAGAUGAGAGAGACAACUCCUGUCUACCUGCCUGCUGCUGAGAAGGGGAUCUCUACUGCAGUGGUGAAGUCAAAUAGUGACUCCAGAGACAAGGAGAGGAAACAUAAAAAGCAUAAAAACAGAGACAAGAAGAAGGACAAGGAUCAUAGGAAGCACAAACACCGCCACAAAGAUGGAAGUGAUGAUAAGGACAAGAAUAGAAAUAAGCGUCAUGAUUCGAAACAGCAGGACAAGGUUUCCAUAUCAUCUCUUUUCUUGUCAUAUCAUGAAUGCAUUGACUUCAAUCAAUCUUCCUACUCUUUUUGGAUGAAACAUUUUCUCUUAGGUGAUAAAGUAUGGGAUCAUAUUACAUUAUGA